CUUUACUAACGAAAUCAGUUUAAGUGGCAAAGGAUAAUUGACGGCAGUUAACGGCGAACAAACGGAGUAUUUCUUAAUCUGGCAGCGGCACGUACUCCCAUUCCCAUUCAAAGUCGGUUAAAAUACAUUCUGUCGAAGAAGCUUAAACUCCGGUUCAGCUAAAGAUUCCUUCUUCGAUUUCUCUACCCGUAUCUAUCGCUGGAAACUUAUCAUUAAUUCAGUUGACUUUUUAGGGACUAUUAAGAACCAGAGAAAGCUGGAGUAACUGCAAUUUUCACUUUUUCAGCAUUCUGAAGGAUGAUUCUUUCUGCUCUUUUGACUUCUGUUGGCAUAAAUUUUGGUUUAUGUUUAAUAUACAUCACUCUAUACUCCAUAUUGAGGAAGCAACCAGUGAAUGCUGAAGUUUAUGCACCACGGAUAGUUGCUGAAGGAAAGUAUGAUCAGAGAAGUGAUUUUAACUUGGAAAGGUUACUUCCUUCUACCAGUUGGGUGAUGAGGGCAUGGCAUCCCCCUGAAGAAGAACUCCUCAUGCGUGCAGGUUUAGAUGGUGUUGUCUUUAUGCGCAUUUUUAUCUUCAGUUUGAAAAUGUUCUGUUUUGCUGGGGUAGUUGGUCUUUGUGUUCUUCUGCCAAUUAAUUAUAUGGGAAGUCAGAUAUUUAUUGAUUUUUCAGACUUCACAAACAAGUCCUUGGAAUCAUUCAGUAUUUCAAAUGUCAAUGAUGGAUCCAAAAGGUUAUGGAUUCACUUUGGUGCAGUGUAUGCCUUCACUGCAUUUGUCUGCUAUCUUCUUUAUGAUGAGUAUAAUUAUAUCUCUUUGAAAAGGCUUGCAUUCUACUCCUCAUCCGAGCCUAAACCCAAUGAAUUUACAGUAUUGGUUAGAGGUAUUCCAAAGUCACCUACAGACACCUUAAGUGAAACUGUUGAGAAAUUUUUCUCAGAGUUUUAUCCUUCAACAUAUCUAUCACACUAUAUGGUGUUUCACACUUCGAAGAUUUGGAAGUUAAUUCAUGAAGGUGAUAAGCUAUAUAAAAGGAUUGCUUAUUUGAAGUCCACAAAGCAGAGUUCUCAAAGGUUUGGGCGUGUUGGCUUUUUUUGGCUUUGUAGGCCCAAGGUUGAUCUUGUUGAGUAUUAUGAGAAGAAGUUAGAUGAUAUAGAAGAAAAAACAAGAACGCAACAAUCUUUGCUUCAUGGAAAGGAACUUCCUGCUGCAUUUGUAUCUUUCAAAUCACGAAUUGGUGCUGCAGUAGUUUUACAAAUCCAACAAGGACAAAAGCCUACAGAGUGGCUUACUGAGCGGGCCCCAGAGCCCCGUGACACAUACUGGCCUUUCUUUUCUGCAUCUUUCUUAAGCAGAUGGAUUGGAAAUGUGGUUGUGGUUAUCGCCUGUGUUGUUCUUACCAUUUUGUUCUUCAUUCCUGUUCUCAUAGUCCAGGGUCUCACAAAUUUGAAUCAGUUGGAGACUUGGUUCCCUUUUCUCACAAGCAUUUUAAACAUAACGUUUGUAAGUCAAGUCAUCACAGGGUAUCUUCCUAGUUUGAUACUCAAGACGUUUUUACAGUAUGUGCCACCUGUCAUGAUAAUAUUAUCCUCUAUUCAAGGCUAUGUUGCAAGAAGUCAAAUAGAGAAAAGUGCAUGUAAUAAAGUGCUCUGGUUUACCAUAUGGAAUGUAUUUUUUGCAAAUGCUUUAUCAGGAUCGGUUUUAUAUCGGGUUAAUAUCUUUCUUGAACCUAAGGAAAUACCAAAUAUAUUAGCUGUUGCUGUUCCAGUACAGGCUACAUUCUUCAUAACAUAUGUAGUGACAUCUGGGUGGACUAAUACAUCUUCAGAACUUUUACGGUUGAUGCCCCUGAUUUACAGUUACACAAGAAGAAUAUUUUCAACUAAAAGUGGUGAAGAAUUUGAAGUGCCUUCACUUUCUUACAGCAGUGUGAUCCCAAGUAUUCUGUUAUUUGGACUUUUUGGCAUUACAUACUUUGUCCUCUCACCCUUGAUUCUGCCUUUUCUACUGGUUUACUUCUGUCAGGGAUACAUAGUUUAUCGUCACCAGUUGCUGAAUGUUUAUUCACCAAAAUUUGAGACUGGUGGGGAGUUUUGGCCAAUUGUGCACAAUUCUACAAUCUUUUCAUUAGUAUUGAUGCAAUUGAUUGUUGUGGGAAUAUUCGGUCUCAAAAAGCUUCCAUUGGCUUCCAGUUUGACUAUUCCACUUCCAAUCAUCACUCUUCUCUUCAACAGCUACUGCAGAAAGCGGUUUCUACCUGUUUUCAAGGGCUAUCCUGCUGAGUUGAUGAUAAAGAAAGACAGACGUGACGAAAAUGCCCCUGGAAAGUCUGAUUUCCAUGAGAAACUAAUCACUGCAUAUAAAGAUCCAGCAUUGCAGCCAAUCCAAUUUUCUAGAAGAACAGACAGCCACAAUGCCCCACUUCUUGCUUCUGAAUCAUGAGUGUGAUGAUUGAACAGUGUGUAGAUUUUGUGCACCUUAAUUCAUUUGUUUAAUAAUAAUUUAUUUCUUUUUGAAAAUUCAUUUUCAACAGCU